GAAUUAAUGCGAACUCUGCUUCAUUCUCACCCACUCCCUCCUUUCUUGGGAUCUCUUCGACUUUUUCCUGAAGCCCUUCAUUUUCCGGAUUCCCACCUUACUUCUCGUGGAUCUCGUCACUAUUGCUCUUUUUCCUAGAUCCGAUCAGACCCUGCAUUGUCCUGGCAGGUAUUGCUGUUUCUGGAAAUGUCUAAAUCUUUAAUUCAAUUGCAAAGGUGUAGACUUUGCUGCUCCAGGAGGUGAAUCUUUCUGGGUGGUUUUUGGGGGAACCUCAUCGAGCUUCUUAUCUUGGAGGAUAGCAUAUCCGAUUUUGUAUUGUAUACUUAAGUGUCAGAUGUUGUAGACCCGCUGAAGUGUAUAUUUUUCUGGGGGUAUUUCGGGGCUCAUUCUCUGAAACCCAAAACAAGGCAAAAUGAUGAAUAAAACGCUUUUCCUCACUUAUCUUUACCUUCUCAUCUACAUAUUGCUUUCCUCUGGAGUCAUACUGUACAACAAGUGGGUCCUCUCUCCUAAAUACUUCAAUUUUCCGUUUCCCAUAACACUCACCAUGAUUCAUAUGGGGUUUUCUGGGCUCGUGGCAUUUUUUCUUGUCCGGGUCUUCAAGGUUGUGUCCCCGGUGAAAAUGACAUUUGAAAUAUAUGCAACAAGUGUGGUACCAAUUAGUGCCUUCUUUGCCUCAAGCCUUUGGUUUGGUAACACUGCUUACUUGCACAUUUCUGUGGCCUUCAUCCAGAUGCUCAAAGCUCUAAUGCCUGUGGCAACAUUCGUUGUGGCUGUUUUGUGUGGCACUGACAAAGCAAGGUGUGAUGUGUUCUUGAACAUGGUGCUGGUCAGUGUUGGAGUUGUCAUUUCCUCCUAUGGGGAAAUCCACUUCAAUAUAAUUGGUACACUUUACCAGGUCACAGGCAUCUUUGCAGAAGCAUUAAGGCUGGUCCUAACACAAGUCCUUCUACAGAAGAAGGGCUUGACGUUAAAUCCUAUCACAAGCUUAUACUACAUAGCUCCAUGCAGUUUUGUGUUUCUCUUUGUGCCUUGGUAUUUGCUGGAGAAGCCUGCAAUGGAAGUUUCACAGAUUCAGUUCAAUUUUUGGAUCUUCUUUUCCAAUGCUCUAUGCGCUCUGGCCUUGAAUUUUUCCAUUUUCUUAGUAAUUGGGCGAACAGGAGCAGUUACCAUUCGGGUUGCCGGUGUGCUGAAAGACUGGAUACUAAUAGCCCUUUCAACAGUUAUAUUUCCAGAAUCUACAAUAACUGGGCUGAAUAUAAUUGGCUAUGCUAUUGCAUUAUGUGGCGUGGUCAUGUAUAAUUACAUUAAGGUUAAGGAUGUCCGCGCCUCUCAGUCAGUUUCUGAAAGUCUUCCAGAUCGAGUCACAAAGGAUUGGAAAUUUGAGAAGAAGUCAUCUGACAUAUAUGUGCCAAAUGACAAUGGGGACAAUGGAGGAAGCAGUGGAGGUAUUGGUUCUGCAUCUGACAUGAAUGUUGAUGAAGAAGCACCCCUUAUUCAAUCAUCUAGGUUAUCUCAUAUUGGACGCUCGCAGCUAAACAGCCUAGGAAAAUGAAAAAACCCAAAUACAGUUAUUCAUUUUGAGUUGAAAAAGAGCAAGAAAAGAGCAAAGGAAAACGAGGAGGCUGAGUCAAAAUGCAACCCCCCCCCCACCCCCAAAAUUUCCUCAUUCUUUUUUAGAAAAAGUUAGGUUUUAUAAUGGGAAGCAGAUGCUUGUUCAUUGUAAUUACUAGCUACUUUCCUGUGUUGGAUGCAUCAUUAUUAAUGCUUGGUUCAAGUUUUUGAACCGUUUAUGAUUGCUUAUAACUGACUCUCUUGGAGAACCAAGUUAUAUUCAUUUGUUUCUUCUCUCUAAUUGAUACA